AUGCGUUUCAAAAGAGAGAAAAACAAAGCUGACGUUCGUUCUCUUCCUCUGUGCAUCUCUCUUCUCAAGCUCAUCAUAAGCUUUUUAUUGACUCGACUCAAGCUCAUCAUAAGCUUUUUAUUGACUCGACUCAAGCUCAUCAUAACCUUUUUUGAUCUUCUUCUUCGUGUUCUAUUGAUCAGAAGCAUCCAGCAGCGCCUCGCCGGUUUAGAAUUCGAACACAAAAUGGCCAAAGAAUCAAUUAGUAAUAUGCCUUCUAUUGCCAAAAGACCUGAAAUCCUACCUUUCGGCAUUGCGAUAAAGUGUUGA